AUGCGUCUCCAUCAAAAAAAUGCGCGCGCCUGCAGAUCUUCCACACCACGUACUUUUCCUACUAUGACCAUGGAUAUUGCCAAAGAAGAGGUGGAGUACAUUUCUCUGGCGUUGAAAACCAAUCCAGUCACAUACCACAGCGUGUCAAGAGAAUUGGGUGUGCACGUGACCCAGUCGAAACGGCUUCUUCACAGCUAUUACCAAGCAAGUAAGGACAGUGUGAAUGCAUCCUUUAUCGCCACGGGGACGCGAGAAGGAAACCUCCAGGUAAAAAUCUUGCAUAGCGAAGAGGACGCAAAAGAUGCCGGUCGCUAUUUCGACGAGCUUCAUUGCGUGCAUGUGUAUUGUUUGACGUUGGCGCAGAACACAUUCAGCGAUAAUGAAAUUGCGCUUUCUGAAAUGAAACACGGCGUUGAUUUCUCGAAAAUAGAGCUGUACUACCGUUUGGGAGUGAUCAGAGGACCUGAGUUGAAGACCCCAGAGUUCAAAGCUCCUGUGGGAUCGGAGAAAAUUGCUGAUGUACCGGUGACGCGAGAACAACCAAAGAAGGAAGUUGCGCCGAAAAAGACGUUGGAGUACACAUCAAGAAAGGAGCAGCCCACACCUUCGCUACUUUCUAAAUAUGUUUCCCGCAAAGGUGAAAAGAGGCCUGGAGAUGCAGAUACACCGAAAAGUGCUUCUAAACCGGCGUACCAGUACAAAUCGCGGAAGUUGGAGCGUAAUCAGCCAAAGGAGAGGGUGGUGAUGUCCCAAGUGGAACCAGAUAAUGAUAUGGAUGUGGAUCUCGAGCCUGCUGCACCGCAGGCGGCGCCAAAGUCAGACCUCAAUAGUCUAUUUUUGGACGAUCUCAGUGAUUUCAACGACGACGACGAUAUGAACAUCGACCAGCAAGACCAACCCAUAGUCGUGGAGAACGAUGCCGAACCGGAAAAAGUUGAGGAGAGAAUCGCUGCUCCCCAAGUGCCUGAGGAUUCUGUGUUCCGUUCACUCACUUCCAAAUCCACUACGCCUAUCUCCGAUUCAGCUGCAGCUCCGGAACCAGAAAUUCCUGAAACUACAGUGGACGAAGACGGUUAUAUAACAACAUACAAGGCCAAACCUGCCGCGAAACCAGCAUCGCGACCAGCCCCGAAGCCCUCUGCUCCAUCGAAAACUGGAACAAACACGAAAAAGAAGGGCGACGGCAAAAUGAAACAGGCGUCGUUGAUGAGCUUUUUCGGAAAAAGGUGA